AUGGUGAAGUUCACGGCUGAAGAGCUCCGUGCCAUUAUGGACAAGAAGAACAACAUUCGUAACAUGUCCGUUAUUGCUCAUGUGGACCAUGGCAAGUCUACGCUUACAGAUUCCCUUGUGGCAGCUGCUGGGAUUAUUGCCCAGGAAGUUGUUGGCGAUGUUCGCAUGACUGAUACUCGUGCAGACGAAGCAGAGCGUGGUAUUACAAUCAAAUCUACUGGUAUCUCUCUUUACUAUGAGAUGACUGAUGAGUCACUGAAGAACUACAAGGGUGAGAGAGAUGGUAACCAAUACCUGAUCAACCUUAUUGACUCGCCUGGGCAUGUUGAUUUUUCUUCAGAAGUCACAGCUGCUCUUCGCAUCACUGAUGGUGCUCUGGUGGUGGUUGACUGUAUUGAAGGUGUCUGUGUGCAAACUGAAACUAUGCUUCGCCAAGCCCUUGGUGAGAGGAUUAGGCCAGUUCUUACCGUGAACAAGAUGGACAGGUGCUUCCUUGAGCUUCAGGUUGAGGGCGAGGAAGCUUAUCAGACUUUCUCCCGUGUCAUUGAGAAUGCCAAUGUCAUUAUGGCAACAUAUGAAGAUACGCUCUUUGAAGUCAAGAUGGUGAAGUUCACGGCCGAAGAGCUCCGUGCCAUCAUGGACAAAAAGAACAACAUUCGUAACAUGUCUGUUAUUGCUCAUGUGGACCAUGGCAAGUCUACGCUUACAGAUUCCCUUGUGGCAGCUGCUGGGAUUAUUGCCCAGGAAGUUGCUGGCGAUGUUCGCAUGACUGAUACUCGUGCAGACGAAGCAAAGCGUGGUAUUACAAUCAAAUCUACUGGUAUCUCUCUUUACUAUGAGAUGACUGAUGAGUCACUGAAGAACUACAAGGGUGAGAGAGAUGGUAGCCAAUACCUGAUCAACCUUAUUGACUCGCCUGGGCACGUUGACUUUUCUUCGGAAGUCACGGCUGCUCUUCGCAUCACCGAUGGUGCUCUGGUGGUGGUUGACUGUAUUGAAGGUGUCUGUGUGCAAACUGAAACUGUGCUUCGCCAAGCCCUUGGUGAGAGGAUUAGGCCAGUUCUUACCGUGAACAAGAUGGACAGGUGCUUCCUUGAGCUUCAGGUUGAGGGCGAGGAAGCUUAUCAGACUUUCUCCCGUGUCAUUGAGAAUGCCAAUGUCAUUAUGGCAACAUAUGAAGAUACGCUCCUUGGUGAUGUCCAAGCAUCUGAUGAAGCUAAGAUGAUGGAGAGGCCUGACCCUGCCACAAAGAAGUGGAGAGGAUUUGUUCAGUUCUGCUAUGAGCCAAUCAAGCAAAUCAUCAAAACCUGCAUGAACGACCAGAAGGAGAAAUUGUGGCCCAUGCUGCAAAAGCUCAAUGUUACCAUGAAGGCUGAUGAGAAGGAAUUGAUUGGCAAAGCUUUGAUGAAGCGUGUUAUGCAAACGUGGCUACCAGCUAGCACUGCACUGCUCGAGAUGAUGAUAUUCCACCUUCCUUCCCCGUCAAAGGCUCAAAAGUAUCGUGUGGAGAACUUGUAUGAGGGACCCCUUGAUGAUGUCUAUGCAACUGCUAUCAGAAACUGUGAUCCGGAGGGUCCUCUUAUGCUGUACGUUUCGAAGAUGAUCCCAGCAUCUGACAAGGGCAGGUUCUUUGCCUUCGGUCGUGUCUUCUCAGGGAAGGUUGCUACUGGUAUGAAGGUUCGGAUCAUGGGUCCCAACUAUGUCCCUGGCCAGAAGAAGGAUCUGUAUGUCAAGAGUGUCCAGCGUACUGUUAUCUGGAUGGGAAAGAAACAAGAGUCGGUUGAGGAUGUUCCUUGUGGUAACACUGUUGCUAUGUGCAAGGUUGCCUCUGACCUUCCCAAGCUAGUCGAAGGUUUGAAGCGUCUGGCGAAGUCCGAUCCUAUGGUUCUCUGUACAAUGGAAGAGUCUGGUGAGCAUAUCAUUGCUGGAGCUGGUGAGCUUCAUCUUGAGAUUUGCCUGAAGGAUCUGCAGGAGGACUUCAUGGGUGGUGCUGAAAUUAUUGUUUCCCCUCCUGUUGUGUCCUUCCGGGAAACCGUUCUUGAGAAGUCCUGCCGUACUGUCAUGAGCAAGUCUCCCAACAAGCACAACCGUCUGUAUAUGGAGGCGCGCCCCUUGGAGGAGGGUCUUGCUGAGGCCAUCGAUGAUGGCCGCAUUGGCCCACGUGAUGAUCCUAAGGGAGUGCAGUAUCUCAAUGAAAUCAAGGAUUCUGUCGUGGCUGGUUUCCAGUGGGCAUCAAAGGAGGGUGCACUGGCUGAGGAGAACAUGCGCGGAAUUUGCUUUGAGGUCUGUGAUGUCGUUCUUCAUGCUGAUGCUAUCCACAGGGGUGGUGGCCAGGUCAUUCCAACUGCCAGGAGGGUCAUCUAUGCUUCUCAGCUCACGGCCAAGCCAAGGCUGCUGGAGCCAGUGUACCUGGUUGAGAUUCAGGCCCCAGAAAAUGCACUUGGUGGUAUCUACGGUGUUCUGAACCAGAAGAGAGGGCACUGUUAA